CAGGAGCGCGUCCAGAAAUAGAAACAGCUUCGCUGAAUUUUGAACUCGCCUGAGCUUGAGGAGCACGAGGAGAAGCCGCAGCAGCAGCCGCCGAGAAGUGACGGCUCUACCUUGCUUAGCCUCACCAAUCCUCCGCCACCGCAGCCAUGAAGCUUCGCGCUGAUUCGUCGGGCGGUGAUGAGCAGCGCGCUCCGGCUGCUGGUGAUGGCGAUGGCGGCGGCGGUUGUGGAGAGCCGGCUAAGAGGCAGCGGACUGAUCCGUCCUCCAGUUCGAGCCAUGGCGAGGCCUCCUCUUCGUCGCAGCCCCCACCGCAGCAGCAGGAGGAGGAGGAGGCGGGGCAGCCCCCGGAGGAUGCAGGGGAGGGUGAGCAGCCCAGGGUUCCGGAUCUCGGGGAGGACUUGGUGUUCGAGGUGCUGCGGCGGGCGGAGGCGCGGACGCUUGCGGUCGCGGCGUGCGUGAGCAGAGGGUGGCGGCAGCUCGCGGAGGACGAGCGCCUCUGGGAGGCCGCGUGUGUGCGGGAGUGGGCAAACCUCGGGUUUUCCGAGCAGCAGCUCCGAGCCGUCGUGCUCUCGCUCGGUGGAUUCCGCCGGCUUCACGCGGUCUACAUCCGCCCCGUCCAGCGCCGUGGUGCCGGUGUGCCCAGACAACAGGGGAGGCGGCAGCUGCCGGUGAGGUUGGGCCGGGACCAGGUUCAGCUCUCGCUAUCGCUGUUCUCCAUCGGGUUUUUUCAGAAUAUGCCUGGGCCACCUCCGCGCAAGAAAGACGAGGGAAAUGACAGUGAUAAGAAUGGAGGGGGCAAAUGCGGCUGAUCCAGUUUGUGAAACAAGUUUCACUCCAAUUAGCAUUGUCUUAAGCUGUCAUGGCAGUUGCUGUUUGGCCUGCGUACUACUUACAUGCUGGAAAGACUGGAGGUGUUACAUGCAACAGAGAGUUUCUUGAUUGGGGAUGAGAUUAAGUAGAACUGCAAGAUUUAAGGUGGUCAGUGGUCAGAUGGAUUGCAGGAAAGUGAGUGUUAUCAGGAUUUUAUGUGAAUGCUGAUGGCAGGCUAUUUACUUGAGAAGGGGAGAAAUGGCUGGCAAUACAUUUUGCUGUGAAUGGCUGGUUGCUAGUCUACUUUCUAUCAGCUACUGUAGUACUGUGUCAACUUGUGCCCUCUUGCUAUGGCAUGCCCCUCAUGGUUGAGAAGGAAUGUUGAAGGCAACCAGUUUUCUUUGGCUCGCAUUACUUUUGUCAGUUAGGGAACAAAUUUCUCAUAUUAAGCAUCAGAAUAUUGUGAAUGAUCUGAGAUAUUGAUUGCUGGUGCGAAAUAAUCGCUUUGAUGUUGGAUGUUGCAUUUAUUUACAUUUUAGUGAGGAUUGUAAACUGAUCUGGCUACCAUAAAAUGAUGUACAGAGCUUGACAGCAAUCAGCAUUAGAUCUUUCUCAACUUAAAUAUGCAAUAAAUUGGUCAUUUUAUAUGUAUUUGUGUGUGGACUAUGGAGAUGUUGAAUUGUGGAUCGUGUAAUGAUGUUGCAUUGUUACCACUUAAUGCAUCCACCCUUUUGGAUGUGACUUACAUACACUUACGUAAAUCUUGGAUGUCCUUUGAUCUUUCUCUGUUGAUUUCUAUGGUUUAGAAUUACUUUAUAUGGUAUUAAUGAUAUUUUGUAGUAAAAUGUUUUUCUCACAUGGAUUGUCUUCAAUCCAUUAUUUCUGGAUCUGAAGUGUGGUAACUGUCUGAAGCUUGGGGCAACC